AUGGAUACUUUAAUUAAAAUAAACGACAAAUUAUUUAUUGAUUUAAAUAAUUACCACGAAAAGGUAGACGAUACAGAAGAUUUAAACAUUUUUGAAACUAACCAUGGAGAAAGUGUAAGGGAUAAAAAAAAUGAUGCAGGAUUUAGCUAUAAAAUGGAAAUAAAAAAACAAGUAGAUAUCUUUACUGAUUUAGUAAAAGAGAAAAAUAUAAAUUAUGAUAUUUCUAGAAAAUUCAAAGAUAAUAACUUGGAUAUCAUUAAGACGAUUAAAGCUAUUAAUAAUUCCUAUAUUAAAAAUGAAGAAUUUCAUUUUACAAGAUUAAUGAUGCUAAUAUGUUUAAAGAAUUAUAUUUUUGAAUUUGUAAAUAAAUAUUUGAAAAAUCUUAUAAGGAAUUAUGAAGAGGAUAAAUACAAGAAAGAAAUAAAAAAUUUUAAUAGUUUAAUACAUAGUAAAGAUAACGUUGAGUUAGACAAACACACAUGGAACAACGGGGGAAAGAACAAAGAAGAAACAGAAAAUGCAGAAUGCACUCAAACAAAUUUUCUAGUCAUUACAUUCUUAAGUAAAAGUAUUAUCGAAAAUUAUACGUUACUAGAAAAUUUAGAAAAGACUUCAAAACAUCUUAAAGAAGAAGAAUGGACAUAUUUAAAAGAAAAAAUUUUGUUGCUAAUUAAAAAUUCCUGUAUAAUAAAUGAUAAAGGAAGUGAUAAUUUUACUACUUUUGUAAAGAUGAUUAAUAAGGAUAUGUAUAAAUCUUUUAAAAGAUAUAAAAGUAUAAUUGAAAUGAAAAAAUUCAAUAUAUGCUUAUAUUUUAUUGAUAUUUUUUUUAGUAUAUUUUUGAUUGAUUAUCCUUACAAAUGGCAUAAUGUAUUAGGAAAUAUAUUUGAUACCUUUAAGUUUAUUUCCUUUAUUAAAAAUAAUGAUUUCAGGAAUGUGUUAAAUACUGAUUACAAUUCAACUAUAUAUUAUAUUAUGGAUUUAAGUGGUCAUAACGAUUCAGUUAAUGAAAUAAAAUAUGAGGAAAACAGUGAAAAGAAGGAUAACUACAGUAUGGUGAUACAAUUUCAAAAUUUCUAUUCUUUAAUGUUUUUAAUGAAUAAAAUGUUAAAAAAGUACAUUCCUAGAACUCAUAAAUCUAACUAUUAUUCUGUUAUAUAUCAUAAUUACUUUAUUUCUUAUAUAAAUAAUAGCAAUAAAAAUUUAUUACAAAUAGAAGAUUACAGUGAUUUAAAAAUACCUUGUGAAAAUUUGUUAUUAGGAUUUGAGGAUAUAAUAAAAAUAUUUUUCCCCUUUUUUAACAGAUUAUUAUAUUCUCUGUUAAAAUUUAAUAACAAUAUAUAUAUUAUAUUCAUAACAAAAAAAAUUGUAAAAUUUUUAUAUAAGACUUUGGUGUGUCAUUUUAUUUCAUUGCCAGAAGGAGUGCUAGAUAAUGAACUUGAAAUAUUAUUUACUAAUAUAAUGGAAAUAAUAGAUAUAAAUUUGCAUGAAUACGUAAAUAAUUUAUAUUUUGUAAAUGUAAAUAUAAAUACAAAUGAACUGUAUAACAAUGAAAGGUCUAUAUCUGUUUCUAAAAUAACUGAAGAAUCUUCUUAUGAAAAUUUAAGUAAAUUUAUCCAUAAUAAAAGAAAUCAUUUGGACAAGUUAUUUUUGAUAUAUAUAUUGAAGUCAAAAAAGUGGUGCUUAAAAAUUUUAAAUUUAUUUUUAUAUAGAUCCAUUAAUUAUGAGGAAAUGAAUGAUACUUGGAAAAUGAUUCUUAAGCAUUUUGAAAAUAAAUAUAUUAUAUUUUUAGAGAAAAUUUCAGUUUUAAUACUAAAAAUAACUAUAAACACUACAUGUACGGAUGAAGAAAGAAUGAAUUAUAACAAACUGUUUUGGUAUAUUAAGUACAUAAUAGAUUAUACUGAUUAUUUGAAGUUUUCUGAUAAAUGCUUGUCCCUUUCAGUGAAUUACCUGUGUAUGAUAAUUUCUCUGGACAAUUUACGAGCAUUUGUCAAACAAAAUAUUCUGAGUGAGAUUUUUUUACGUUGUCUUUUUUUUCAUAUUAACAGCAGCUCUCAUAUAGAAUGCAUUGAUAAUUUUUUCACGAGCAGCGCAGGACAGAAAGAGAGUCUAUUAUUUGAUAAUUUAAAAUUUGAGAGAUAUAUUAUUUGUUUUGAAAAGAUACCAUUGUUCCGUAAAUAUUUACUUGAUUAUUACGACGAUACAAAAUCAAAGAAUAUUCUAAAGAAAUACGUGAAUUACAUAAUUUUUUUAUUUUGUGAAUUGUUAGAGAAAUAUUUUUAUGAUAUAAUAUUUGAUUUAGAUAAGAAUGUAAAAGAUCAUUUAAGAACAUGCUUAGUUAUUCAAAAUGAGUAUAUGCAUUUGUUAUAUCCUGAAAUGUUUUUAAAAAAAGAAUUAGACUUUUCGAAUGAAGAAAUAGAAAUAUGUGGUUAUAAAAAUGUUAACUUCUUAAUUAAUUCAGAAGUUUGCAUGAGAACGGAGAAUUAUAAAAUUCAUAUAAAGAAUAUAAUUGACUACAUCUCAAAAAUAAUACAGAAUCAUAUGAAAGAGAAUAAAAUAGAAUAUAAUUUUGAUUUUACUAGUUUUUAUAUGUCAAAUUGUGAUACAUUUAAUAGUUUGUUAUUUAUUAUUAAGAAUUUACCAUUAUACAAAUAUUCUCAGGAUGAGUUAAUAUUUAAAGAUUUAUAUAGUGUACAAAAUGAGCAUAAUUUAAAUUAUAGUUGUCUUAUUAUGAAUGAUAUAAGUUUAUAUAAAUAUUUUUCUUUGUUUAUGUUUUUAACCUAUUAUAAAUAUUUAUUUAUCAAAAAAGUUUUGGAAAAUAUAAUAAAUCAAAAGGUAUUAUUAGAUAACAUGAAUGAUUCUUAUAGGAGACGUAUAGAUAAAGAAGAUUUAACUACUGAUCAUUAUAUUGAGGAAUAUUAUAAAAAUAAAUGCAGUUAUAUAUCUUAUUUUAAUAACGAUGCUAAUGAAAUAUCCCAAUUUGAAAGUAUUACUGAUGAUUUUAAAAUAAAGGACAAGUCUUUUUUUCUUAAUUAUAUGUUAGUAAAUUUGUUGCACCCUUAUUCAAAUAACUUAAAGAGAGUCGUGAUGUGGAUGUUAAAGGAAUAUAUUAAUAUGACACGAUUUAGUGAUAAUGUAUUACAAUUUUUUUUUUAUAUUAGUUUUAUAAACUUAUUUUAUUUUGAAAAACAUUUAAAAUUUAGGUCCUUUGACACUUUAGUUAAUUUAAUGUAUAAAUAUGGAAUUCCAAGGGAAAUAUUUUAUAACGACUAUAGAGAAAUAUUCAUAUUUUUAUUUUUUCAAUUAUUAAUUUUGUUUAUAAAAAAUGAGUCGACUUCAUGUGAUAAUAUAUUCUACUGGGAUAAUAUAAAUAUAAAUCUAAGUGAAAAUUAUGAAAAAAUAUAUCUUUUAAAAUGUUUAAGGGAAGACAAUAUUGAUUGUAAUUAUUAUAGUGAUGUUAGAUCUAAAAUUUGUAAAAAUUAUUUGUAUAACCAAGUAAAUUGUUUCACGGACUUUUUUAUUAAUGAUGUGUUAUAUAACAAUUUUCAUUUUUACAUGGAGAAAAUGGAAGAAAGUAAUUUAAACCAGUUUUUGAAUUUUAUUUCUAUGUUUUAUCAGAAUGAAAUUAACAAUAAUAUUAUUUUAUUUAUUAACUUGCUAAAUGAAUCCCUACUAGAUGUAACGUCUUCUCCCUUAUUAGGAAAUGACAAAGGGUAUUCAUUUUUGAGAACAUUAAAAUUUUUUUCCUUUUUUUUGGAACAUUAUAAAAAUGCUAGUAGUACUCAAGAUGUGUUAAUAAUAAAAAUAUUGCAAAAUGAUAGUUUUAUAGUUUAUUUUAAACAUAUAAUAAGAAGAGUAAAAAAUAAUGAACUGAAUGAAGAAAUAUUAAAUGAAAUAUAUUAUAUAUUAUACAUAUUUACAAAAAAUUCGUUAUUUAAUUAUAAAAUUUUCUGGUUUUAUUUUCUUUAUUCCUUAGCACAUAUUUCGAACGAUUUGAAUAUAUUUCACUUAAGGGAGAUAAAUAAAAUAGAAAAAAUACCUAAUAUCCCUAUGUAUGUAAUGCAAUUUUUUAGUAAUGUAAUUAAAAGGGAUGUCUUUUAUGUUUUCUUUUCCCUAGCAGAGGAAAAAACAUUUAGGAUAAAUAAUUCUAACAUAUCAUUAAUAGAAAUUUUACGAAAAAUUAGUUUAUUGUUGAUUUGCUUAUCGGACGAAAACAUUAAUGAGCAAAACUUUUGUAAUAAUAGCACAAUACAUAUAUGUGGUUUAUAUUUAUAUAACAGCUUAUUAUCAUAUCUAUUUUCAUUAUUAACAAAAAAUAAAAUACUUUUUACGCAUUUAUUUUGGAGUAAACUAAGGAAGGCAUAUAACAUAAUUCAAGAUGAUCAGACCGAAUUAAGUGAUAUUGAUGAUACUGGUUCGAAUUAUUCGUUUAAAAAAUUUGAUGAAGCAAAAUCAGGAGAUAGAAAUUUUAACACUAAGGAGUUUAUUUUUAAGGAUACAGAAUUUUUAUUUGAAAGUAUUGGAGAAGCAGACAUAGAUGCUGGAAUGGAAGAGGAUUUAGACGUAGAUGUGGGAGAAGGGGCAUAUGUAGAAAUGGAGGAGGAAGAUAAACAAAUGAGUUUACAAGGGUAUGUUUACAGGAAUAGUUCUAGUUCUUCUAAGAAUGCGAAAAGAUUUUCCAGAGAUAGUGCAUUUGAAAAAAGUGAAUUAUACGAUACGCUAAACGAGAUAAGUGCAGACAAAAAUGAAAUUAUCAAAAAUGAAGUACUAUUUUAUAGACAUAUAAAAAACUAUUUUUUAAACAAAAAAAAGAAUAUGACAAGAAGAAAAAGGAAAUUAAGUCAUAAUUAUAAUAGUAGUAAUAAUAAUAUGCAUAAUCAUCGAUUAGAUGCUAUGGACAAUGAUAAGGAAAAAAAAAUUGUGAAGUUGUUAAAUACUAUUUAUUUUAAUAUAUUUCUAUUAAAAGAUAAAAAAGAAGAACAUAUAAGGAAGCUACUAAAAACAUUAAAAUGUGUGAACAACAAUCUCCUUUUAAAUAGUUCCGAAAAUGAGUAUAAUGUAUAUACAAUGUUAUUGAUGAUUCAGAAAAAAAGAUACAUAUAUCAGUCAUUUUCUAUGUAUCUUUUUUUAGAUAUACAGGAUUUUUUUACUAUUCUAGUUGAUGAACAUAUUUUCACAUCUAUUAUUGAUGAGUGGUUAAAUGAUAUAUUUUAUAUAUAUCAAAAUUCGGAUGAUUUAAAAUAUUUUAUAUUAGCUUAUUGUAAUAUAUUAAUAUAUCUCUGUAUGUAUAAACAGAAGAGGGAAAUGGUUUCCCUACGUUCUAAGGUACAUACUAAUAAUAAUAAUAAUGAAAGGAAGAGUAAUAAUAAUAACAAUAAUAAUAAUGAUGAUGAUGAUAAUUAUGGUGCUGAUUACGGUGACAGAGAAAAAGGCUUUUGUUUUUUGAAAGGAGAAAUUAAUAGCAUCAAUAAUUUGGACAAAAUUAUAAGAGACAUAGAUAUGGAAUAUUUUAAUGAAUAUGCUAUAGAACAGCUAGGAGAAAGAUUACACAAAAUAAUUAAUGCUAUAGUUAAUGUUGUUUUAAUGCUUCCUAUCCCGUACAAGGAUAAUGUAAAAGUUUUUAAUAAGAACGUACUUCGUAGAUUAGCACCAAUAUGUGGUGAAGGGGAUAAUAUAGAGCAUAAUAAUUUAUUAAAAUUUAAUAGUGAAAAUAGUAUGAAUGACAGGAGAAGCAGUAAUUUUAAAGAAAUCCAUUUUAAUGAUUUAUUACAAAAUAUUGAAUUUAUGCAUGUAAAUAAUUAUGAACAAAAAUUUUACGAAAGAAAGCACAACUCGUUAGAACAUUUUUAUAAUAAUGUUGUUCAUAUUAACAAAUCAGAUGAUUUAAAACUUUACGAUAAAAAUAUUUCCGUAAAUUAUUACUUUCAAAAUAAUAUGAACGACGACUUUGUAAAUAGAUUGAUAUCUGAAUGUAACUGUGAACAUUUUCAAAUAUUUAUAUAUGUACGAAAAGCUUUUUCCCUGUUAACGCAAGAAAUUAUUUCCAAUGAAAAUCUGAUUAAUAUAAUUGGUUGUUCAGACAAGUAUUACAAUUUCAUAAACAUAAUUCGGUUAGAUAUUUAG